AGGUCUGUAGUUAUUUCAUGCUAUACAUAACCUGAUAUUCUUGUAUUGUAAAGUGAAGCAGUAUACAAGAUUAACUUUAAUUAUAAAUCAAUUUUCUGUAACGUAUUAUUACUUUGGGACAACAUAAACUAAUAAAACAGAAAAUAAUUUCGUUAUUGGAAAAAAAUGCCACCAAAAUCUGCAAUGAAUUCCAAACGUAGCACUAAAAAUAAAAAAUGUACAUCAGAGCCACGUAUUUCUCCUGAAGCAACUGCAGACAGUACAAGUGGUUUGAAUCCAGAAAUAGAGGAUCAAUUUGAAUUAGAAUUAUGUUGGUGCAUACAACAAUUAGAAGCCAGCUUAGCUAAUAGCAAAUUACAAGAGAAACAAGUGCAAGAUUUUAAUAAAUAUUUACGUUCAUUAAAGAGCAAUACUGCACCAUUAAUAAAGAAGAGACAAAUAAUGAGAAAUACAUUGGGAAACUAUAGAGAUAAAAUGGCUGAAGAUGAACGGAAGCUUAAUAAAACUGUAUCAAAUGUCAUGUUUACAAAUCCUGCUGCAAUUAAUAAAAAAUCAGUAUUUAUCAAAAAAGCUGCCAAAUGCAGUGAACAGAAUCAUCCAGAACAAACAAAUGACCAUAGAAUACAAGAAACAUCAGUCAGCGCAAAACAGAUUAUCAAUAUUGAUAAAACUCAAACUCCAUUUAAAUUUAAUUUUCAAAUAUGUCAAUAAAAUCUAUAUUUACAUUUACAUAAUUAUAUCUUAUCUUACAAUCUUAUAACAUACUAGAAGAUGAAUGUGUCUACAAAAACCAAAUUUAUAUGUUUUUAUAUUCCAAUAUGUUGCAGAGUUUACUGUAUAUGUCUG